UUUACUGGAAAGCGCCGGCCAUGGAAGGGUAUCCUUCUUUACGGCCCGCCGGGUACGGGCAAGUCGUACUUGGCCAAAGCCGUGGCGACCGAGGCCGACUCGACCUUCUUCUCCGUCUCGUCGUCCGACCUCGUCUCCAAGUGGCAAGGCGAGAGCGAGCGAUUGGUGAAAAACCUGUUUGAGAUGGCGCGGGAGAAGAAACCAUCAAUCAUUUUCAUCGAUGAAAUCGACUCGCUUUGCUCCAACCGCUCAGAAGGCGAGAGUGACUCGACGCGGCGCAUCAAGACCGAGUUCCUCGUGCAAAUGCAAGGCGUCGGUCACUCGCACGACGGCAUCCUCGUGCUUGGCGCGACUAACGUCCCGUGGGAGCUCGACCCGGCCAUGCGCCGCCGGUUUGAGAAGCGCAUUUACAUUCCGCUUCCCGAAGUCGAGGCGCGCAAGGUCAUGCUCAAGAUCCACCUUGGCGACACGCCCAACACCCUCUCGGACGACGACUUUACCUACCUCGCCUCCCAAGCUGAAGGCACGUCCGGCUCGGAUAUCUCGGUGCUCGUGCGC